UUGGAAGACUCACGUUGUUCGUUUCUUCUUGACUGAUACUGACUUAUAGAGCCAUGGGCUCCAACACGGGCGUCGGCUUUGAGACUGCUCGGAAGUUGCUUGACGUCGAUUUGCACAGACUCAUCCUCGGCGUGCACGACGAGCGAAAGGCAAGGCGGCCGCUGCCAGACUUGCGCCGAGGACCCUGUGUUGAGGUCUGGCAGCAACCAUGGUGAGGAAGUUCAAUGUCGACAACCGAGCCGUGGGUACUAGUAGUCACAGUUCCCUGCA